CACACGUUCAUGUCAGUGCAUGAAUACAUGAGCACAAGAAGAGAAAAUGGCGAGGUUUCUAAACUCUAAUGUAAGGAAGUUUCUGGCCACACAGAUCAGGAUGUCGUCUGACCAGCUAGGAGAACUGGGUAAAGGUGCUGGGAAAGGAGGUGGUGGUGGAGGUGCAGUGAGGGAGGCAGGAGGUGCGUUUGGCAAGAAACAGGCUGCUGAGGAGGAGAUGUACUUCAAGAGAAAAGAGAAAGAACAAUUAGCUGUUCUGAGAAAACACCACCAGGAUGAGAUUGACCACCACAAGAAGGAAAUUGAGAGAUUACAACAGGAGAUCAGUCGCCAUGAGGGCAAAAUUAGAAAACUGAAACAUGAUGACUGAGACUGGCGAAUCCAGACAAUACAUUUCAUAAACCAAUGCCCCACACAGAAAUGUUUAAACUUAACAAAAUAAUUGUGGAUGCCUUACUUUAAGAAGUCAGCUAUGUAAACUCUGCUCUCAUUUAUGAUAAAAUUAUAUUAUGAUACAUAUAUGAUUGAAACACUGAAAUAAUAUAAUGUAUUAAUUCAGUGCAGUUUCUCCUCUUGUCAAUAAACAUGUCUAAAAAAUGAA